AUGUCUAGUUCUAGUUCUAAAUCUAAGUCACUUGAUAAAAUAACUGAUGAAAACAUUAUAUCAAGAAAAAAAAACUUUGUGGGAAAUCAAUUUGAUGAUUUUAAUAACAAAAUGGACUGUAUUUUGAAAGAAUUCAGAGAAUUAAAUCUUGAAAAUUCCAAAAUAUUAACAGAAAAUAAAUUACUUGAAGAUAAAAUCAAUAUAACAAAUCAAAAAAUUGACGAAUUGGAACAAAAAAAAUCAUUGAAAAUACAAUCGUACUGA